CUUUCUUUUUGUCAUAUCACCAGAUCACGCGAACCCCAGGCGCUAGGCCCCCUUUCUAAGCCGACUGAACGAUUUUUUUCGUCUUUUGAAGUAAGUAUUAAAGUUACCGGUAGUUUUGUUGCCCUGCAUGCAUAUCGCGCCGUGCUGUCAACGAGAUCGUCGAGUCGUGAAGUCGCUACUCGAGUCAAAAUGUUACUUGACGUCUUCAUCUGAAACACGCGACGCCCGGGCCCGCGAGGGACGAGAUCGAGAGUUCGUUGACGUGACGUAGCCAUUUACCACAACGGACCCCAUAUUAAACCCCUCCCGCCCAGGCGUCCACCCUGCAUAGACCUACGCCUACGCCCGCUACGGCCGGCUACGCGCCUGACUUGCCGUGGAACACCAAGGCCGGGCAAGGGCAAGGCCGCAAGGGCAAGGAGCAGCGUGAGUCUCUCUUAUCUCAUGUAAACUGAAAACCUCUACUACCUCUACUACGCUCUAUAGAUCUAGUAAUACUGUCUAUAUUAUUGUUCAGUAGUUGGAAUGACGUUUGUGCGUCGUGACCAAAAUAAUUAGUAAACAACUGCGUCAAUCAAAUCCUGUCGCUAUCAUUACAUGUAGAUCUACUAGUUUUCAAUGAUUCUGUGACAGUGUGGUGUGUGUCUGCGGGCAAGUGCAGCAGGUGUUCCACGAUCGGACGGCUGCGAUAUUUUGAAAGAAGUUUGCUUCGGCACGGCGUGGUGCGCACACCGGCACACCGCAGUUGUAGAAUACAGCUAUAAAAAUGGUUACACAUAGUCAUUGUACUGAGUGACCAGUACAGACUCAGUGACUACCAAUGAGCCAGUGCCGUGAAGUGACAGUGCUCAGCUUGCCCUGACCACCACUACCAAGUGGGCUCAGUGUUACAGAGGUGUCUCUGCGUCCUCAGCGGCUGGAGAAGUGGAUUCACAAGACACGACUGCCGGGCCUGGAGAAUGGUGCAGCGUGUGCGGCGGCUACCGGAACCGAAGAGCGGCAAUCCGUUCAUCGACACAAACGCGUACACACCAUGGAUGUGCAGCAUGAAGCAGCUCGUUGGCAUGGUCAUGCUCUUGCCUAUACGCAUGGCGCUGAAUGUCUUGCUGUUCAUACCGGCCAUGUACUGCUGUGUAUGGCUGGCUAGUCGUGGAUGGAAACCCGGCAAGCACUUGAAACCUUGGCAGAGGUUCAUCAUGGCACAUAUACUACGUCCAAUCGUGCGCCUCUGGCUGCUCGUGGUGUUUGGGUAUUGGCGCAUUUCGGUGCGGGGCAAACGCGCCAGUGCUACGGAUGCCCCAUUCACCGUGAUAGCGCCGCACUCAACCGUCAUGGACACGUGGAUGUUCCUGCUCUACACAUACGGCUCGAUGGUAUCGCAGCGCGAAGCGGCCAAUUACCCGUUUGUCUACAGGGUCGCCCUGGCGUGUGAGCCUAUUUGGGUGGAACGUAGCGGCGGCGCCGGUGGUGGCACUAGAACUGCGAGCAGCACAUUGGAAGAAAUGGAGAAGCGGCUGCGAUUACCAGGUCGUUGGCUACCCAUAUGCGUGUACCCGGAGGGAACGCGCCACAAUGCCAACGCCAUGCUUGGCUAUAAGACGGGAGCAUUUCAGCCAGGUCUGCCUGUUCAGCCUGUUCUGUUCAAGUUCAACAAGCCGGAGGAUUCAAUUUGGCCAAAGGGUGUGAUCUCGCCCAACAUGAGCUUCAUCCGGGCGAUGAGCCGCCCGUGGGCCACCUGUGAUGUGGAGUAUCUUCCUGUGUACCUGCCGUCCAAGGAAGAAAGGGACGAUGCUCAAUUGUUUGCACUGAACGUUCAGAAUGAAAUGGCCAAGGCUCUCACACUGCCCACCACUGACUUCUCGCUGGAGGAUUUCCACCUAACGCGGAAAGCCAUGGCAGCUGGAUUGCCACGUGAUGCAGCACUGAUUGAGUACAACCUAAUCAACCGCCUGCACAAUGUUCGCUUGCCUGACCUGAAGGUGGUUUUAGAGCGCUUCAUUCAAAUGAACACAAGCAAGAGUGGUGUGGUCAGCAGUAACGAGUUCAUGGUGCAUCUUGCCUGGCCAAUUCGUGAACACGCUGUUCUUCUCUUCAAGGAGUAUGACACUUGUUCUGAUGGCCGUGAGGAGCUGAGAUAUCGAGAGUAUGUUGUAGGAACACUGGAUUUGGCAACGAAAGUUCCGAAUGCUGCACAGGUCGUUUCAGAUGCAUUUGAAGCAUUGUCGGAUGGUCAGGAUCAGCUUUCGACUACUGGAAUUCUAGAUGCAAUGCACAAGCGUGGCUUUAGUGAUGUGUCAACAGACAGCGUUGAACGCUUUCUGUACAAGAUGUCCCAGAGCUCGGAUCUGUCUGUAAGUGGAUUUGCUUCCUAUGUAGAGUCGAAUCCUGACCUGAACGUUCUUCUGUUUUGGUUCCUGCAUGGGACCGAUGCUGACUUCUGAGCUCACGUAUUUCGAGCUACGAAUAUGGGUCAGCGGGUAAUGCCGGCAUUAUAUUGAGCAUUCUAUAAUAAUAAUAAUAAUAAACACAGCUCGCAUCUUCCCUGAACCUGUUAGACAGGAGCAGAGUCGACGCAUCUGUCAACAGUGUCAAGCCAAGUUAGUCUAUCUCCUGCAGCUUGGAGAGCGCUCUCCACGGAGAGAUCCGCUGCCUUCAGGUCGUGCCGAAUCGUAUCUAUCCACCGCAAUGGCGGACGGCCACGGGGUUUUUUUAUGUCGUUUGUGUUGAUUGAUAGCUCCAGUGCUUGGAACGAGGCGGAUUCCGGACCCUCUCGCACCACAUGGCCAAACCACAGCAGCCUGCGUCGCCGACAUGUGGCACUAACUGGAGAUUGUUUUGUUUCUGUGUAUAAGUUGUUAUUGGUGAUGCGUUGCGGGUAGACAAUCUGCAGCAGUACGCGUAGCUUCCUCCGUUGCCAUUUGUCCAGUUUGUCGUUCAGCAAUUUGGACAGAGUCCACAAUCCGCAAUUGUAUAGAAGGAUCGGCAUUAUGAGGCAGUUAAACAUACACAGUCGGGAUUGAAAGGAAUGCCGUCUCCAAGAAAUCGAACCAAACGCCCUGUUUGCUUUUGAGAUUCUCAUGUCCACGUCUUCUGCAGAGCCCAAUAGAGAACCCAGGAGUUUGAUUGAUCUCCAUUCGUUGCUGUUUCUUGUAACAUCAACAUAUUCAGUUUUCUGUGUAUUGAGCUUGAGGUUGUCUUCGUUAAAUAUAGGUUCACACUCAGCAACAAGAGCCUUCGCCUCAUCGUCAUUUCGGUUAUGCAGAGUAGUAUCGUCAGCGUACUGCGUUGUUGGAGCAGGCAUUGGUGAGCGAAUUGUGCAUCUUUCCCUGAUCUUGCGCAUUGUGCCUUCUGCAUAUGUUAUGAACAUAAUAGGGGACAUCGGGUCUCCCUGGACCACUCCGAUGUUAGUUGGGAAAGGGGGACUCAGGGAGCCACUCAGCUUGAUCCUGGCUGUCGUGUUGGAAAGUAGAGACUUAAUGGUUGUUGUGCUGAUAUCUGCUUCCUCUAACCUGUCAAGUGCUGUGGUGCGAAUUAUAGUGUCAAAAGCACCAGAGAAAUCUAGAAGGGUGACGGAAUAUGUCCAGUUGCCAAGCAAGGCCCGCUCACACAGCGACCUUGUGUAAAAUACACCAUCAGCGGUUGAGCGACCUGGACGAAAUCCAGCCUGGGUUUCAGAGACAUAAACUGUGAUGUCAUCCGUGCUACGUUUAGUAAUAACUGACGUCAGCACCUUUCUCACUACAGAGAGUAACAUGAUGGGGCGAUAACUUUUUGGUUUUCCGAGUGGCUUGCCUGGUUUGUAUACAGGUACUACCAAUCCACUGCGCAUAUCGUCAGGGCAAUAACCAACACUCUGUAUUGCAUUGAAGAAAGAGGCUAGCCAAGGACUGAGGAGGUCCUUAGCAGCUCGUAGCAUUUCCGCACUGACUCCAUCGGGUCCCACGGCGCCUCCUUUUUUUUGUUUACUGAUUGCUGAAGUAACUUCUUCGGUGGUAAACGGCAAUUCCUCAUCAUUGAUAUCUUGCGAGCCACGGAAAUCACAGGGUAGGUCAGGGCGAUGAAAUAUUGACUGGAAGUAUUUACUAAAUGUGUCGAGAUUCCAUUGAAUGCUUGUCAUGAUAUUGCCAUCAUCGUCUGCCAGGCGAACAGGAGGAGUGUUGGUGUUCGACUUCAUUUGGCGCAGAUUCCGGAUUGCAUUGUAAUAGGAUCGUGGGUCAGGUCGUAAAGCAUCAGUAGCUUCUGCCUGCCUUUGCCAGAAGUCGUCUCCAUCCUGCCUCAGUAUUUUUCUGAUUUUGUGUGUAUUGAGCAUUCUAUGGGAUUUUUAAUUAAUUUCGAGGCAUUAUAGGGCAUUAUCCCUGUGUGACUGUCAUGCUCCUACGUAACUGCACCAGAAUACGUUUACAAUUAUUGUUAUUACGGUACCGGGUAUCUUUUGAAUGUCAUGUUCCAUAAUUAUGUUUGAUGUGUCUUACUAACUAUCCCAGAGCAUUCAUGAUGUGAGCAUUAAAUGCUUCUUUUUAGGGCAUUACAAAAGCAUUAUGUAAAGCAUUAAAAUUAAUAGUGAAUAGCCGAGCAUCACCCGUUGACCAUUACCCGCUGACCCCUAGCUACACUUGAACGUCUCGAAUGCCCCUUCAUUGACGUGUGCAAUAGAAGUAGCCGGGUAAUUUUAAUUUAAAAGAGACACGUUUGAUCCACUA